GAAGGCGGCCAGUGUGUCAUGGGAUACGGUGGUGUGAAGGUGUACGUCCAGGUUCCCAUGCUCGCCUCAGUGUUUGGUAGGUUAGAGUUGAGAUGAGGUCUGCACAGCACUCCUGGAUCAUUCCCUGGUGGAUUCUUCUCUGCGGAUGGCUGAGCACUCACCUGACGCAGUGCCACCCGUCGCCGCCGAUUCCUGACGUGGCAUCCUCCUCAUCGUCAUCCCUGGGAGGAGCGGCGACGUCUUCUGGGUCUCAAUGGGAUGACCUUGAGAUUCUGGCGUACCAUAUUCAGUCGGUGGUGAUCUCCCGUUACGCCGUCACCACCGUCACUUGUAAGAUCCGCAACCCAACUUUGGAUCCCCAGGAGGCAGCUUUCACCUUCCUGCUGCCUGUGCACGCCUUCAUCUCCAAUCUCACCAUAGAGGCCGGCGGCAAGAACUACACGAGCCUUGUCAGGGAGAAAGAAGAGGCGAGGCGCACAUACGAGAGGGCCAAGAGUCAGGGCCGCAACACCGCCAUCGUCCACCAGAAAGAGCGAGAGACAUCCAAGUUCCGCGUGGACGUAUCUGUGGCCGAGCAGGACGAGGUGAUCUUCUACCUUACCUAUGAGGAGCUUUUGGAGCGUCGCCUGGGCGUGUACUCCCACAAGAUUAAUGUGCACCCAGGCUACCCCGUGCGGGACCUGCUGGUCGACGUCACCAUCCACGAGACGCGAGACAUCAACGUACUGGAGGUGAAGAAGGUUCCCGGCGGCCCGGACUUCAGGGACGCUGUGGCUGAGUGGCGGGAAGGACUGAAGACCGCUCGCUUGCGCUUCUACCCUAACCCUGAGAGGAUUCCUGUGGAUGGGGUGUUGCACGGCCAGCUGGAGGUGCAGUAUGAUGUGAAGCGAGACCUGGAUGCUGGUGAUGUGCAGGUUGUGGAUGGUUACUUUGUGCACUUCUUUGCACCCUCUGAUCUGCAGUAUACACCAAAGCACAUCACCUUCCUGAUUGAUGUGUCAACCUCCAUGAAAGGCAAUAAGUUGAUGCAGGAUGCCAUGGAACAAGAUGUAGAGAGCAUUGUGUCAGACUCAGUGCGACCUCAUAUCAUUGUGAUGCUGACUGAUGGUCAACCUACUGUGGGUGUCACUUCUGAAAACAUCAUCCUCAGAAAUGUGAGAGAGAGAAACAAGGAGAAAGCAACUAUAUUUUGUCUUGGAUUUGGCUCUGGAGCUGAUAUGAACCUUCUUGAAAAAAUAUCUCUUCAGAACCGUGGUAGUGCCAGAAAGAUAUAUGAAGAUGCUGAUGCAGCAGACCAGCUGAAAGGCUUCUACCAAGAACUGUCUUCUCCAAUCCUCCUUGAUGUUGACUUCAGUUACUCUACUGAUGCUGUUGUGGUGAACUCACUGAGCAACACUCACUUCUAUAACUAUUUCAGUGGAACAGAGUUGGUGGUGACUGGCCAGACUCACCCCACACACCAGAGCAUCAGGGCCAACAUCACUGGCCAGGGCAGGAAUGGAGAAUUCUUUAUGGGAGUAUCUGAGUGGAACAAUGUUGUUCCACCAGAUCAUCACCUUCUGAAUCACCUCCACUUAGCACCUACUCCCAAAAACUUUAUCAAGAGGCUUUGGGCAUUCCUCAAGAUUAAGAAUUUACUAAAUGAGGAGAAGGCAGCUAGAGGUGUCCAUGAGAAGGCAUCAGCCCAGAAGAAGGCACUCAUCAUAGCAUUAGAGAAUCACUUUGUCACACCACUCACCUCACUAGUGGUAGUGCAACCAGACAGAGAAAACUGCAAAGACUACGAAGAGGAUGAUGAAGACGAGGUAGAAGAAAGUAUUAGAAAAAGUGCUACAUCAGCAGACAAUGCCAAUUAUACCUCUUCUCUUGAUUCUCAAGAUUCUGUUGCUCGAGGAUUCAAUCCUGCCUCAAUACAAGUCCGUGGUGGUUUGCUGACUUCUGAAUAUGACUAUGAAGAACAUGCAAUGGAUCAUAAUAAUAUGUUUUUUGCAAAAGGAACUUACAUGGAUAGUGGAUUCAUGAGUUCAAGUACCAGCUUACGGGUCAUGCCUCUUUUGGUUUUAUUUUUGCAGUUAUUGAAUCAGAUAACAACAGCACAGGUCCACUCAACAGUCAAGUGACCCACCUCUGGUUAUGGUGGCUCCUGAUCACACUGAGACAGCUCUGGCUCUCAACAGUCAACAGGUAAAAUUGUUUAUGAAUUCACUGGCAUAUAUAUAUAUAUAUAUAUAUAUAUAUAUAUAUAUAUAUAUAUAUAUAUAUAUAUAUAUAUAUAUAUAUAUAUAUAUAUAUAUAUAUAUUUCUACUGCAGUGCAUCAAAGCUUCAACAACAACAUUAGUAUUUACAUUCAUUGAGAAUGUCUUUCUUAUUCUAAAGUUAUAAAAGAUUGAUGUAUAACAGUAUUUAUGGAAGCUGUUCAUUCAUAAUGGUAACUCAGGUGAAAUCUCAUUGCACCAUUCAAGAAAACAUUGAUAGCUGGAAUGUCAAAGUGUGAAAAUUGUUGGUCCUUGUUCAUAAAUAUUUUGAGAGUAGAUGCUAGUUGGUAUUUGUAGUUCUAAGUAUAUUUGCAAUGUGCCAAGGAUCACAGUAUGAAAACUGCCUUGGUCGUGAAGCUCUUUGGGAACAAUUUGUAAGGUAGUUUGCUGUAGCUGGCAGUGGUGAGGAUUACUUCUAGAGUCUUUGCUAGGAUGACUUGCCAACCUGUCAACAGGACUUCAGCAUUUUGAUGAUGUGGGUUGUUUUUUAAAGCUCCUCUGAAUUUUAAAUUGAUAUUGAAUAUAGAAUUACUUUAUCUUAUGUCAUUAUGAUUCAUGUGAACUGAAAUGUGCCGUGGUUGGCAAAAUGCAGAGAAUUAGGCCAGUGGUUGAAAGAAUAUUACAACAACUCUAGGAUUUGUUAUCAUCAGAUAGAAUGACAUGCACCUAACAUUUCUUUUGUUAACAGAUAAUUUUGAUAUUUUUACAUUGAUAAUGCAUUCUGCCCUAGUUGGUUUUUAGUUCUCAGUCAAUUGGUGUUUGCCAUCAGUACUUGACAAUUGCUACAUUUACAGCACACAUAUUAUUACAGAAUGAAUUGCUGUUGCUAUUCAUAAAAAGAUGAUUACUACUUGGAGAUCACCUACAGGCAUAUCAUGUACUCAUUUUGCAGCUCCCAGCAUUCAUCCUCUGGUAAUUACCACAAAAAAAUAAAUAAUAGAUAAAUAAAUAAAGGAAAAAUAUAGUAGCUGCUUAUUUAAUUUUUCUUUGCUCUUUUCACAAAUGUAAUGCAUUAGUAUAGCUUCUGUUAACAAAAUAUUCUGCAUUCAUAUGAUAUACUAAUGGAUGAAAUUACAAUCAUAUCUUGGCAUUUGCCCAUUAAGGAAGAUAUCAGGCUCUUAUACAAAUACUACAUAGAUAAAUGAAGAUGUACUCAGUAUGACUUAUUAACACAAAGUUUUGUGUUAAUUAUGUAACAUUUUCUUCAAAUCUUGUUCAGUCAAGAAAGUGAUAUGGCAUGGCAUCAUUAUUAGGCAAAAAGCAGAUAGAGAUGCUUGGAUGUUAUAUGAGAGGUUUGAAAUUAUGGCUGCCAGAAGAAUUGAUGGAUCUGUAUGGUACAUGCCUACAUGCUGUAUAUAUAAAUAGCAUUCCUAAAAAUUCCUACUGAGAACAUGGUCUCAGAUAUAAACAAAAGUGUAUAUUGUAAAAAAAAGUAAAUUACAUAUAUGGAUAAUUGAAAGAAAGUCUUGAGCAGUGCCUUUUUGCCAACCACUGUACUUUAUCUAAUACAUCUGGCUAUAGCAUGAAAUAUUUAUAGAUGUAAUGGGUUCCUUGUGGGCUUCAUACAGUAAAGAAGUGAGAUUUAAAAUUAAGCUUUAAGACAUUCAUUAUAUUUCAUUAUUAUAUUUCAUUACUAAAUAAAUAUAUUCCAAACAUACCAAGCAUUGGCUUACACAACUUUGAUGUUGGGAAUGUUGUUCAAAUUCUUGUUAGUUUUACAUUUGAACAAAGAAAGAACAUUUCUCUGGCUAUGUGCAUAUCUUCAGUGAUCUGUUAUUGUAUGAAAAAUUGAUUUUGUGCUAAUGCUAAUCUUUCAUGUGCUAAUGCAAAGAUAGUUUUCUGAAAAAAAAAGUCAAGGAGAGAGUUUUAAAUGAUAGUGUUUUGAGUAUAGCACCUCUCAUUUUGCUGUCUUUGGUGAUUGUAGUCAAUUCCUAUGAGAAACUCUGGAAAACAUAAAAUUUGUAUUGACAGAUCUAAGCUUUGGUCAUUCUGAGACUUAUAGGUUCUUUACACUUAAAUAUUAUCAUAUGCGGUCUUUUUAUACCCAAUGAUUACCAGCUGAUAUGAACAUAAACUUAAUUGAUAUGAUUUUGUUUUAAGUUUUGAAUAUUACUUUUCUUACUUCAUAAAUUGCAGUUCUAUCCUCAGAGUAUGUGUAUAUGACCUUCAUCAGUAACAGCACAGUCUCUUGAUUUCAUUUUAUAUACUUAGAAAUGUUUUAAAGUUUAAGUAUACUUCAUCAAUGUAAAUAAAGUAAAACUUUACAAACUGACAGAACAUAUAUUUGAGGGAAAGGUUGGAAUAGAAUUUCAUGCAUGAUGGAUAAAUAAACAUUUCUUAGGAGAUGACUGGAUUAGAAUUUUAUGCAUGAUGGACAAAUAAACAUUUCUUGGGAGAUGAAUGUUUCUUGUUGUUGCAGUACUGUAGGAGAAUUAGGUAGCUAGUAGAAUUCUGAGCAGUAGGCGGGAAAGCUGAACCUCAGAAUUACAAGACUUGACACAAUGAACUGCAGGAAGUGUCCCCGUGUCUGACGGCCUGAAGUGUGUGUCCAGUGUGUAAGGCAAAGGAUACAAUAGGAAGUAAGAAAAAGUAUCUUCUGGAGAGGUAUUUGUGACAGUGUACUUGUGGUGCAGUAGAAGGUAACUGAACAACAUUUAUGGGUAUGGUAACUCGCAAGAGCCACAUUAGCAGUCUUCUUCAUAUCCACUGCUAAGUUUUAAAUACCCGGUUAUAUUAUCAAUUGUAUUUCCUGUUCAUAUGAAAAUGAGUGAAAAAUCUGUUUAGAAAUUCUGGAUUUCUGAAUUAACAUCCUACAUUUCAGUAACAUCAGUAAAGUAAUCAUAUCAUGCUCCCCAGAGAAAACAUGAGUUAACAAAUACAAAAUCUACAUUUCACAAGGGCAUGAACUGUACUUCCAGACAGUCGUAGGCAGGUUUUAUAUGAGGUUAGAGUGAGUUUGUGAGAAGAACGACAUUGAAGGCUUCCAUAUUAAAUGAUCAGUAGAGUGUCUAGAAGUUUCCUUUUAGACCUAUGAGAGUAGAUUUCUAGCUUUUGGUUUAGAGUAUCCUAUGAUUAAUAGUAAUCUUAUUUGCAUUUUUUUUAUCUAGAGUAGGCUGUUUGUUUUAUUUCAUUAUUGCACUAAGUUCUCCAUUAGAUGGAAUAAGUGGUACAAAAAGUGUUCCGUCUUUUGGAAAAUUCCAAGUUCGUGAAUAGCCCAUUAGUCAGAAUAUGAUGGAAGAUUUUGGGAGUAGGUCAUUUUUUUGUAAUCCUGUAAAUAUAACUAGUGCUGUCAACUCCCUUCUGAUUUCUGAAUCUCAAAACACACAACUUUCAGCAUGAUUAGUGCACUUACUUAAUCAGCAGUAGAUUGGAUAGAAACUUAUCAGGCAGUAGUGGGAGAGUCAGAACUGUAUUUUUGCUGUCCUCCACCAUGAAUCAGAUUUCAACUUUAUAAGAUUGCACACAUGCUUGACCUCAGUUACAAUAUUCUAAGAGCAAGGCAGCACAGAAAGCACAUCCCCUAGUUACAAUGACCCAAGCCAUUAUUGGUGCCUGCUACUACCACAGAAAUUAUAGUGUGCCGUUUUGAUAUCCUCUCAUGGUACUGAAUUUGAGAGCUACAAAAUCAAGUUUCAUUUUUUUUCUAGCUUCAUUAUUUAGAGAUGCUGGAAAAAUUGUUAUCAAAGAUGUAAGAUGUAAUCAUGUAAUGGAGAUAGGAAGUUAACCAGGACCUGAGCCCGGAGCAGCAAGCACUGGAUGUAAAAUUAAUCAAACCACAAGUGACCAUCACCUGCUGCCCAGCAGGAUUUGUCAGUCCAUUACCACCUUGCUUUUAGUUUGUAUUUAUGUCAGUUGAUCAUCCAAAGAUUUUACAUUUCACUAAGUCUAGCUUAAGUGGCUGGAUUGCAGGGGUGCAACUUAGAUUACAAUGUUAGGUAGUAACACACCUCUUGUUAUUGGUAAUACAAAGGAACCAGUUAGAUUUGUAUCAGGCAAUGUUAUAAUCUCGUUGUCAUGAUCAUCAGUCUGGUUUUAAUUAUAUGGAUUAUUUUGUUGUUGCUAGGACAAAAAUACUGAAUAUUUUUUAAAUGAUUAAUAUGGAAACUAGAACAUUUCUAAAUAGCAGAAUCUCUCCCAAAAAAUUCCCAUUGCAUUUUUGUCCAUCCAGAGAGAACUUAGUGUAUUAUUACUUUAGUUAUUAUGAUUAUUACUAUUGUGUGAGAGCGUGCAGAGUUACCCUCAUCCAGAUCAAAGGUUCAGCUUGUGAGGGACAAAUUAAUACUUGUGCUUUACUUUUAGGAAUAAUUUUAUAUGACUUUGCAUGGCUGAAAAUGUAAAGUUAUUCAUACUUCUUAAAAUAAGCUUUUUUUAUUAAUGAUAAAGUUACUGGUGUCCUAUAUUUUCUUAAUAAUCAAUUUGAACACCAGUAGCUUUAUGUACUAUUUGUGUGAGUUUCUGAGAUGAUGAAAUUUAAGAUAAGUAAUGUGCCACUAUGUGGAGUCUGAGGAACACACUCCCUAUUCAAGGGGUGAAGGAGCAGUAUUACUGCUCCACCCUUCACUUGGCCCACUAAUAAAAAGGUGUAUCAGAAAUGUAACUUGCAUCUAGUGGACCUGGAAGAUUAUGACUAUAUGAAUAAAAAUGUUGAUUCUAGAUUAUAAUGCAAAAUGUGUUUUAUAUUGUGCCUCAUGUAUUGGGAAAAAUGUGUGUUUUUAUUAUUAUUGUUAUACUUUUAUUUUACCUCAUGCCUUUCCUUCAUAUUUAUCUUGGUUGCGUAUUUGAUGUUUAUCAAUGGAUUUUUUGUGAGCUUUUUUUAUUUUCUUUAUUUUUGCAAGAUUCAUUUUACUUGAAAAGAGAGCAGUGAGACACAUCAACACAGCCUGUUUGAAAUCUAUCCUCAGAUGUCUGAUGGGUGCUGGUUUUUACCUCAGUGAUGGUAAAGUAUGGAUGAAAAACACUACUUACACUGUAAUGAAUCAGACAGAUGUUAGGUUUAAACAAGCCUUUUUUUAUGUUGAUAUUCUCACAAGCUGUAAGACCCACACACCCACUGUGCCACAGCACCCACCACUCACACAGCCACACAGCAUUACAGCCACACAAAGGUACUGAAGCUCACAUCACCCAUUCACAACUGCAACUUGAGCUUGGUAGCCCUUGCUUUUUUUUCUUUUUCCCUAAUGCACAAUUGAGGAACACACCAGCAUUUUGUUUAAGAGUUGGUUGUUGAUAUUUGUAAGAAACACAGAGAUACUUAUCCUGUAAAAAAUUAUCACCAGCAUUAUUAUAAGACUGAUUAUAACUGCAGUGUUGUGUUCAAAAGAAAGUUUCAAGACCAAAUGACAGGAUGUCAUAACAGUCUUGUUUCAUCACAGUAUGUAUUAAUGUACAUUAAAGAUGUGACACAACCUUAUAGGAACAUUAUCAGGGAUUAUGUCAUGAUAAGAGAUUUGUCUUUUUAAGACGGUUAAAUUUAUAAUUCUUGUAAUAUAAUAGGCAGAUGUGAGAGUAUGUAAUAACACUGUUUAUGUAUGAUUCCUAUGAAUUCAUCUUAAUGAUUGAGUGCAGUUUUAAUGAAGAAAAACAUUCAGGAUGAUACAUAGAACAUAAAGAUUGUCUUUGAUGAAAAUUGUGUGUUUUGAUGUGUGACAUACUUUUUGAACACUGUUAGAACAGUAAUCAAGAGAAUACAAAAAUACAGCAUUUGCAUGCUUUAACAUUGCUUCCUCUUCCAGCCAGUACAUUUAUAUUGGUAGUCAUGCUGUCAUGGGUGGAAAAGGUGGUGCUGAUGACUACAAAUCUCCAUUUUUGUAGGGUAGGUAGUUUUUUGCCAUCUGAAAGAUAUUGUAUCCUAAUACUGCUCUUUUAAGAAUUAACUUUAAUUUGUUACGUUUUUCCCAUUACCUGGUAACAGUUUAUAUGUAAAGAAUACGUAGUGUUUAAAACAAUAAUCAAUGAUGUUUUAUUUACUGAGUUACAAUCAAUAAAUAGUGUUAGAGACAAAACACGCCUGCUUAGUCAUUAAUGGUUGCAUGUAAAAACUGACCUGCUGCUUAUAUACAUGAAUGUUGGAGCAGUGAAGUAAAGAUCUUGUUGGGGGAAUAAGUAGUAAUGGAGGAAAAAUAUUUUUCCUUGACAUUUAUAUGUAAUACCAUGAGAAGAAUGACUGAUCUCACUGACACAAACUUGGUUCUAGAGAGAAGAGUUGAGCAUGGAUGGUAAAGAAUGUACAUCAGUGAAGUUAAUUGAUUGUCAUAAUUUUUACUAGGUUCUAUGCCAUCCUUUAAUCAGAUUUGUUUAAUAGGUAUGGUUACAUACAUAUUUAGUCAAAAUUGCCACUUAUACAUGUUAAAACAAUUAGAAAUACAUGCAAUUAUGUAUAAAUCUUAGGUUUUGUAAAAUUUCUGCAUAUGAAAUACUAAAUGGAUUACAUAUUGUGAUAAUCUAAAAAUACCUCUUGGUUUGGCAGAUGGGUAGCUCUUUGGCACAGUGCUUAACUCACAGCUGAAAGGUUGUGAGUUUGGUUCCAGUUCAGAAGAGUUUCUUGGUCAGAGGUAUUGUGCUCUCCUGUAACACUAGCAGAGCCUACUGGUCUUAGCUACCUGGCUCAAGAGAUUCUUUGAUCACCUUUCAGUCAGUAGCUAUUUCAGUUGUCUACCGUCCAUGGUGUUAGUGGGGGCUGAUUCCUUGUUCAUUAUCCUGAGGUGAAGGAAAACAUUUAAUACUUAUUUAUUAUCCAGGGAUACAGGUUUAGGAUAAGAAUCAGUAUAGGGAUGAGAUCAGUGGGUAACACCAGAUUAUUCAUACUUAACAGUUCUCUUCUUUCUAUAUGUACAAUUUCCAUGUUUAAUUUAUCACAUUGUCCCACAUUACUUAAGGUGCAUUAAAAUACAUAACUGAUAAUUAUAUGACCAUGUGAGUAUGUACAAUUACACAGUGAAACAUCAUUAUAUAUAUAUUUGAAUAGAGACAAAUUAGAUUAUCACUGAAGACUUUUCUUUGUUUCCAGUUUUUAGUUGUUGCGACUGUACUACAUGAGGGGAUGUGUUAAUGAUUGAGGUUUUGAUGCCACUACUUCAAAUGUUUAUAGUACUCUUGAUGUUGUACAUUGUUUUCAAUAAAGAAAUCUAGUUGUCA